CUGUUGGGGUGAUUAUUAUUCUCAUGAUCCUUCUCUUUCUAUACAUCAACAAAAGACUAUACUUUGAGAAUAUAGGAGAGUUUCCAUGCCUUGAUGCAGAAUACAGGGCCAACAAAGAUUUACCAGACAACACACAGGUAAGCUGAAAAGGAUGACCAAUUUGGCAACGUGAUGCAUCUGAAUGUUUUUUUUCUUUAUUGGGGUUAAAAAAAACUGCUUGAAUAAAUGUCGUUUUUCAAGAGUUUUCAACAAAGCCUGACUUUGCCAUCAGUGUCUGCUUUAGUUGAGCAACUUAACAGUGCUGUAGAGGACCUGAGUGAUGCAGUUGGGCAGGCUGGGCAUAGUGUGGCUGACUCAGUCACAGAGCAGGUAACACACAUGUUAAGUGGCUUACGAACAGAAGAAGUAUCUCCUGAAGUAUGUGAUGAUACAGCAUCUUCAAUGAGCAGUUCAGAAGUCAAAGCAACGGACCUGUCUACCGAAGAAAAUAUAGAAACAAGAAGGAACACAACAAAGAGUGAACUCUACAUUAAUUCAGGAGAGUUGCAAGAUAGUCCAAGGUUUGACGAAUCAGAAGUUAAAAACGGAAAAAGCCACAGGCAGUUACUACACCAGUCUUCAGUUGGUUGUUUGGCAGAUAAUAAUUUUGCAAAUAAAGAAGAUGAAAAUGCACUGGUCUGUGAACCAGUGGAACAGAUUGCUUCUCCACAAUACACAGAUAUUUCAGAUUCUAUCGUGGGACAGAACGAUAUGUACCAACACAAAAUAUCAAAAACGGAUUUUAUAGAAUCUGAGACAUUAAAGGAAUCAUUCAAGGAAGAUAUUUACUCUAUUCCUGAUUGCAAUGGUGCUGCACAAAUAACUGAGUCUCAAAUAAUAGAUAGAAAGUCCAAAGCAUCUGAAUGUAUGUUAACAAGGGAACAUUUUAAGAUUAGCAAUGAUAUUGUAGAUUGGUCUAUAAGUGACAAAGGGAACAGUUCAACCAAGUCAAGCAAGUAUAAUGUUAAAGCCUUAGAUUGUAAAGUGGACAACAAUGAACCUUUGGACAAACAGAAAGAGCAGGUAUGUGGAAAAGGUGAAGGAAAUAUGGGAGUUGGCAGACAAAGUAUCAUGGAAGAUCAAAAGAAAGACAAUAAAAAGAUAAAGCUAAACUGUCAGCUUUCAGAAGCUCAAAAGAGAUUGGUCAUUGAUAAACCAGAUCUGUCAGAAAAAGGCUCUAAAAAGCACAAAGAGAACCUUUCAAACAGUAAAAAAUCUAGCACUGUUCCGAAAAAUGACCUUCAAACUCAAAAAGAACUUAAUAAUGGAGGAAAAGAAGUACACACCAUAAUAUCAGAAAAAUUUAAAAAGAUCAAGAAAGAAAAAAAACAGAAAACUUCAGACAAAGAGCACUGUAUUCAGAGGAUAAGAAGAACUCCCCCACUUGACGAACUUCAGCCUCCUCCUUAUCAGGAUGAUAAUGGAUCACCACAUCUCUCAUACACUCCAUCGGAACUUGAUGACAAGUGUGAACUGUCUCAUUCUAGUGCAGAUUGCAACAGUCCACGUUGUUCAUACAGUAAGUGCCCUAGCGAGGGAAGUGUUGGCCACGAGACUGAGAGCUACCAUCAAAAAGGAUAUGAAGAGGACGUUCCCAGCGACAGCACUGCCAUUCUCAGUCCAGAGGACACGUCAGCCAGAGGAUCUUCUGCACAGCUACCAAAAGCUUAUGAUCCAGAACCUGUAUCAAAGUAUGGCACAUUGGAUGUAAUUUUUGAUUAUGAUUCACAAUCACAGAAACUACUGGUAACAGUAACAGCUGUUACAGACAUUCCAACAUAUAAUCGAACUGGCAACAGCUCGUGGCAAGUGCAUCUUGUGCUUCUUCCCACGAAGAAACAAAGGUCAAAAACAAGUGUCCAGCGAGGGUCAUGCCCUGUCUUUACAGAAGACUUUAAGUUCAAUCGGAUUGAGUCCGAGAUGAUUGGUAAUUAUGCUGUGCGUUUUAGGCUCUACAGUAUACGGCGCAUGAAGAAAGAAAGGAUUGUCGGUGAAAAGGUAUUUUAUCUCACCAAGCUAAAUCUGCAAGGCAAGAUGUCAAUUCCGAUUGUGUUGGAGCCAUGUGGCAGUCUCACUGGCUGUGACUCCCAAAUGAGCAUGGCUGAGAUGUCCUGUAGUGAAAGCACUUCUUCCUGUCAGUCUCUGGCACAUGGCUCAACACCAGAAAUUCUUGUUGGUCUACUGUAUAAUGCCACCACUGGCAGACUGUCAGUUGAAGUCAUAAAAGGAAGCCACUUCAAAAACUUAGCAGUGAAUAGACCACCUAACACAUAUGUCAAGUUAACAUUGCUGAAUUCUAUGGGUCAGGAGAUGUCCAAAUGUAAGACGUCCAUCCGCCGAGGCCAACCAAAUCCUGUGUACAAAGAAACAUUCAUUUUUCAGGUAGCACUAUUUCAGCUUUCCGAUGUGACACUCAUACUGUCUGUGUAUAACAAACGGAGCAUGAAACGUAAAGAAAUGAUCGGCUGGAUUUCAUUAGGCCUCAACAGCUCAGGUGAGGAAGAACUGAACCAUUGGACUGAAAUGAAGGAAUCAAAAGGACAGCAAGUUUGUCGAUGGCACUCAUUAUUGGAAUCGUAACAAAUGCGCUGAGGACCACAGUGGGCUUUGGCUCAGGGGUUCAACACAAUUCCUUUCAGACUUGUUCCUAACCAAACCAAUAGUUGCAAAAUGCAACAGUUGCCUCAUUGUUGGCUCAGCUCGAGAUAAUGCUGGUAAAGAAAUAACUUUAAGGAAAAUGUGAGGGAACACAAUUCCUGUAUAAUGUGCACUUUUUAUUAUCAAUGCAAACGCAUAGGAUGAGGCACAAGAGUUUAUAGAAAAUUAGAGAAAAAUUAUAGCAUUUGUAAAGCCCAAACAACAUGACCUUGAGUAUUCUUGUCAUUAGGUUGAGGUUAUGGAUACAAAAUAACAGCCGAAUGUUGCCACAAAGAUGAGUAGAAAUUCAUCCUUGGUUUUAGUGUGAAUUGCACAAUAUAAUAGAUCAGUGCAUUGUGCAUUGGCUCAAAUUUUUAUUCCAAUAACUUCAAUGAAGUGAAUUUUAGAGGCAGAGCAUAAUUUUCUGAUGUAAUAAUGUAGCAUUUUUAGCUCCAUUCAAUAGGCAUGAAUUUCUAGCCAGGAUAUUUGCAUGGUUGGACUACUUAAUAGAAUAAAUUACAAAAUGGCAACUUAUUUUGAUGAUGCAGAAAUGUUGUCAUUUUACUGUUAAAGGCUUGUGGCAUUGGAAUAUUAGCAUAUCAAAUUUUAAAGAUUCUCAAGGGUAAACAUGCACAAAUAUGUUGAUGCCAUUGCUUCACUUCCACAAUCUGACUUUGUUGUUGAACUGAGAUGCUCUUUGACUUCCUGUAGUUGCUGGUUGGAAGUUUAAUGAUUGAAAACAAUUACAUUCAAAACAUUGCAGCAACAGCUAGAAUCACCAAAAGCAAGCACAAUAAUCAUUUUGAUUGGUCAGAAUCCAAUAGGCCAUAUGACUAAUUAGAGUGAACAGAAAUUUCCACUGUCAUAUUUUUCUGUUCUCAAAAAUAUUGCAACAAUGAAAAUCAAAAAAAUAGCUGCUGCUGGAAACCUAAGUUAAAAGCAGUUAAUGUUUCAGUUCUGAUAUCCUUCAUCAGAAAUCACAACACUGUUGCAACUCACUGAAAUAAACAGUUGUAAGGUUAAGGUGCCUUUUUUACAUACUGGCUUAAAAGUGAAAAUUUCCUCUUUGUCAUGCUCUGUGGCUGAAGUAUGAAUUAACCACUUUGUCCCUACGCAUGGAUACAGUAAAACAGGAAAACAGAAUUUUCUAUUUUAGAACUGAGACAUUGUGGCUUGCUGUUGGGAUGGGAAGUCAGGGUCGGGAGUGCGUGAUUUCAAUAGUAUUCAUUAAUCCAGUAUUGGCAUAGCAAUUGUGAAAAUAGUAAACAGAUAUUUAAAUUAUAUUGAUUCUUUAUGAUACAUGUGUCCUUAAUAAUACCAGCUCUUAUACAAUGAUGAAUGUGAUUCUGACCAAUAUCUACAUAACGCUAUAUGUAAUCUAAAAGUAGUCGAACUGCCACAAACAGGAGGAAAUUAAUUUCCCCCUCACCAGCAUUGUUAAUUCUAUGAGCACAAAGCAAAUUCAUACCAACAUGUUUCAGUAUAUGUAAUAUAAGGGGUCUAGAAUCAGACUUUGCUUAGUUCUAUCAGAGCAAUUAAAGUGGGAUAACCAUUAUUUAAGAAUAAACUGAAUUUUAGUAUAUUCAAACAAUAUAGGGAUAUCCAAAAUUUCAAUUUUACUCAAUAGUACCGAACUUAUUCAAUAAUAAGCUGCAUUGAAAUAUGAUUCAGAUUUUUUAUAAAUGAUCAAUGUAAUAGUAAAAUUUUGCAUAAACUCCAAUAUUUCAUGGUUUGAAAUUAUAGGCAGUAGCCAUAUUAUCUGGCCACCAUUCUUUUAAAGCACAUUGACUGGAACAUCAAGACAGCUUGUUUCAGUCCUAAACUGAAAUUACUUUAAUACUUUAAAAUAGAAAUAAUAAUUCAGCAGCUACUUUUAGGCAAGUUUAGAUGUGUUAAGGUACCAACAUUAGGAAAGUAGACACAUGCAAAUUAUAUCGGAGAAAUUCCUAGUUAGCACUAGUCCUUGGAAACCUGGGGAUAACAUCAAAAUUAAAUUACCAGAUCAUUUUGGAAACUAUUUCUAUUACAUAUAUAGCAGGCAUUGUUAGACUUCUGAUGUCAACAUUUUGAACUUUACACUUCGAAAACCAACUAUCAUAUGCACUUCAGUUUUUAGAUCUGACAGAAAAUCUUAAAAUCAUUUAAAUUUUAAAUUGUUGUAUGGGGUACAAUAUUAAUGAAGUAAAAAGACUCAACCAAAAACCAGGAUUCAUGCCCGGGAAGGAAUAAUACUGUCUGACCCCACCACACCUACCAGUAGCGACUUGGAUGGUCACAGAACACCAACUGCAAUGUGAACAUUUUGUCUGAAUUUUGUCCCUGUCGUACCGUGGGACAGAACUUUAACCAACUUCACUAACUUAAAACCCUGUCCCACGAUACGAGUUAAUUCCAAGAGUUCUCCCGAGAUUGCCCUGAUUCGAACUCGGAGAUUUACGGUAAUGGCCACUCGUACGUCGAAAGGAAUUAAAAAUAAAUCAUAAUAUAGAAGAGAAUUACAACCGCAGAGUAACUAGCAAUUACUGUUGCCUUCCCUCCAAUUAGAAAUUUAUUUAGUGAAAAUUCUCUGGCAAAUUAUUUUUUUCUUGCAUUCUAUAUCCUAAAGGCAACAGAUUUACCAUAAAAAACUUAAAGCCCUUGAAAUUGCAAGGGAUGAGGAGCAAAUAAAUAAUUCUGCUAAAAUAGUGUCAGGAUUUUCAAUUUGGAAAUGUGUUCUGCUGGGGUUCUAUUGCACUUUAGCUGCUUCUUAAUAUUUGAUUGCAGAAAUAAUGUUGCAAGUUCUAGUUUAAUGUAUUCCUGGAGAUUUGAUCUUAUGGCCUUCGAUUGCAUGCCAGUAAAUUACGACACUGCAUAUUUGAUGCCUAGUCAAUGGCAUAUGAACAUGUAAGAUUAGCCGGUUACAUACACACAAAUUUGAAAGUGGCCCAAUGUUUCCUAUAGUCCAUCUUGUAAGUUCCAACCAGGGAGAUGCUGCACUGAAACUAGUAUUAAAGUUGCCUGAAUUUGACAUUGUUCAACUACACACAUCUUAGUCAGUUUAAAUGAACUCUUCCUCAUUCAGUUGUGUUUUCUCUCAAACUUCCUUGUUCAAUUGGUUUUGCUUCUAUUUCCCUGCUCUCUCUCUUCCUCAGAACAUCCAGGUAGUUCAAUGCUUUCUUCAUAGGCACCAAGGAAGUAAUAUGUUCUGAAUACCAAUGGACCCUGAGAAGAACCCCAACAAUCAGUUUUGUUUGCAGGCCACA